AUUUAUGUGCAUAUCAGCCAUUCAUGCUCCUUCAAGCCGGAUAACAAAGAGGGAUAUCAUGCUGUAACCUACUAUUCAGGAAGAAAUGUGUUUGCACGAACUUCUGAUUCUAGUUACCCAGUCAGCAAACAGAAAGCCAGGAUCCAGCGGAGAGUUAUAGAUGUCCGGUAAAUCUCAGUGGAUGUUGGAGUGAUUCCUCAGAUGACCGAGCUGCAUCAUGCACACCUUGCGAUUUAGUCAAAUAAUCUUUAUUGUUGAGGUUAUUCGGUUCAACAAUGAAGGGAUUCUUUAAGAAGUCACAAACAGCCCUAAACGACACAAGGAAAGUACAGGAAACAUAUGAAACAAGCCUAUUGGGAGACUCACUUGAGAUGGUUCUUUCCAAGAAAAGCGGACAAAAGGUGUUUCGGGAUUUUCUGAAGUCGGAGUUCUGCGAAGAAAACCUGGAUUUCUGGCUCGCCUGUAAAAAAUAUCAGACAUUUGACAGUCUAAAGGAGCGGACACGGAUAGCGGCGAGUAUUUAUGAAGAGUUUAUCAGGGAUCAAUCUCCAAAACAGGUUAAUCUGGAUUUCAACACAAUAGAAACGAUCAGACAGAGUCUGGGGCAGCCAGGGCCAUCCUGCUUUGUUGUGGCAGAGAAGAAAAUCUACAUCCUGAUGGAGAGCUGUUCCUUUCCACGCUUUAUUGAAACUGAGCCAUACAAACUCUUUAUUAACUCAAUUUCUAAACAAAGAGGCCUAAAGAGAAACCGCAUGGCUGUGAGAUUAAAGAUCCCUGUGGAGGAUUUCAAAGUGAACCCACUACUUCUGGGGAAACAGGACUGACUCCAUGUGUGCUGUUGAUGGUAUGAAGCGUUGCCCAGACCGAAUAACGUAGGGCCGUGGGUCAAAGUGCUGCGAAGGCACUUCCUCAUCCCACAAAGUAUCAAAGCACAUUUCUGUCAGAGAAAACAGAGAGCUGUGAAAAUGAAGCGGACAUGAGUCAUCAGCAGAAGUAAAGCUCUAUCUUUUACUGUGCAGCUUCUGGCAGGGACUGUCGACAUCUUAAAUGUAAACAUGAUUGUUAUUGAUCUGCACAAGUGACUUCAGACAAAAUGUAUUUUGUACUUUGUGAGUUUGAACUUUAACAGUAAUUGUGAAAAUAUGAAAUCCUUCUGUCAUGUAGGCAUCAUAAAGCAAAGAGUUUAUUUCAUGUUAAAUCACCUGCUUUCACAGAAACCGCUGCGUUGAGGUAACAAGAGGGCAUCCUUCAUGUUGCACCUGGUGCGCUACUGCCGCCCAGUGGACGUUAAUAUUACUUACAAAAUGUAAAAUAUUACAUUCAAAAAUUUUUACUUUAACUUUUGAAUGAAGAUUGAAUUGCAGUUUCUUGAAUUGCAGUUUCUUUAAUUUCUUGUUGUCUUUAAAUUUCUGGAAAUGUACAAACUAAUUCCUACACUGGUUCCAUUGCUUGUUUAAUACUCAUGCUGACUUUAAUGCAAGGACUGGACAUCUAUAUCUUUGUAGUUUGUAACCUAAGAUGGAUUUUUUUCAAAUGUACCACUGACAAACAAAUCAGCAGUGAAUGCUAUAAUAUAUAUAGGACAGACUGGUCCAAAAGAUUAGAGGGAGUUGUAGUUUCUGUUAAAAAUAAGUUUCAUGCAAACAUCAUGAUUAGCAAAGCAGAUUGUUAAUUAAAGAAUUUGAAAUAACUGGAAA